GACACAGCCUGGGAACCCCACCACCACCACCCCGGUCCCCGAGUUCUUGCUGUAACAAACGAGCGAAAUGCCCGGUGAAGCCACAGAAACCGUCCCUGCCACCGAGCAGGAGUUGCCACAGCCCCAGGCUGAGACAGGAUCUGGAACAGAAUCUGACAGUGAUGAGUCAGUACCAGAGCUCGAAGAGCAGGAUUCCACACAGGCAACCACACAACAAGCCCAGUUGGCAGCAGCAGCUGAAAUCGAUGAGGAACCAGUCAGUAAAGCAAAGCAGAGUCGGAGUGAAAAGAAGGCACGCAAGGCUAUGUCCAAACUGGGUCUUCGGCAAGUCACAGGGGUUACUAGAGUCACUAUCCGGAAGUCUAAGAACAUCCUCUUUGUCAUCACAAAGCCAGAUGUGUACAAGAGCCCUGCUUCAGAUACUUACAUAGUUUUUGGGGAAGCCAAGGUAAGCCAGGUUUUCUUGGAAGUUGUUGUAUACCACGGCUUCUCGACCUUGGCCCUAUUACCAAUUUUUGGCCACUAG